GCUGUGUUUUGGGGAUCGAGAGUUCUAUAAAGAUUGCUGAAAUGCAAAAAUAGUUGAGGAGGUAAAACCACCUUCUUAUUGGCACUUGCCGGAAAACUGGACAAAUCCCUAAGGUUACAGGGGAGAUUCCAUACAAUGAUUACAAGCUAGAUCAGUUUGUUCCUCAAAAAACUCCAGCGUACAUAAGCCAACACAACCUUCACGUACCUGAGAUGAUUGUAAGAGAAACAAUCGAGUUUUCAGCCCGCUGUCAACGUAUUGGAAGCAGAGCUGUCAAAUUUGCUCAUGCAAAUAUAAUACUAGAGGUUAGCAGGAGAGAAAAGGAAGCAGGAAUUGUUCCUGAUCCAGAUAUUGACACCUACAUGAAGGCAAUCUCAGUUGAAGGACAAAAGAAAAACCUCCAAACUCACUGUUUUGAAGUGAACGCUAGAUGUGGCACUUCUCAACACCAGAUGAGGCACGUCUCAACACCAGAUGAACCAACUGAGGGAAUUUAAUGUUUUUUCUCAUGUCCAACCAUUUUUGUAACCAGUAUCAAAAGCAACUUUGGUUAGAAUGUUGAUUUUGGAAAAUCGUCAAUAGCCAAGCUUAGUCUGUUUGGAACUUUGAUUUUUGAAACAUGUAAAUAUAUGAAUCUGGUUAGAACACCAGAUUUUGAGAUACGUAAACAUAUAUUGUUCAAUAAAAAAUGUACACAUAUACCCUCAGCAUCACACGGGAUGUCUACCUAGACUCCAAGUUAACCUAUAUGGCAGUUUGUCAGUUCAGUUUAUCUUCACCCUCACAGAUAGAGUGAGUAUGAAGCUCUUGAGGAAGUUUCAGGCUUUGGAAGGCGAAAAGCUUGCAAUGGAAAAGCAGAUUAGGGCAUUGAAGGGAGGAAUUGAUGAAAUUAGGAACAGAGAAUCAAGUCAUACUCCCGCAGCAACGCGCGGGCAACUGUU